GAACAUUUUGCAUGAACCCGGCGCGGGAACAUGAGUCCCGCUACGAUACUCUUGGGAAUAUUGCUCGCUGUUUCCUCGGCCAAAGAAUGUGGUCGUCGGAAUCUAGUUUCGAACUACAUUCUCGGAGGUACCGAAGCCAGCCCCAACGAGUUCCCAUGGAUGGUGUCAUUACAGGCGAGAUUCUUCGGUGAAUGGGAUCAUUUUUGUGGCGGCUCGAUUAUCGACGAAAAUUGGAUAGUGACGGCUGCCCACUGUCUCGUGUCCCGAGAACCAGAAGACAUGAAGGUCGUUGCCGGAGCACACUUCUGGGACAGGAAGACCCCUUUCACACAAACGCGCAACGUGUCGCGCUUCGUAACUCAUGAGGGUUGGAAUGUUCACGGUGUUCAGAUAUCGCGCGUGCCUAAUCCGUUUCUCUGUCCGAAAUCCCAGAAUGACAUAGCCUUGAUUAGACUCGACGGACCAUUGCAUUUUUCGGAGAGGGUGUCUCCCAUAUGUCUGCCGAGCUCCGAGGACACGCACAAUUUCGACGGUGCGACUUGUGUCGCGACAGGCUGGGGUCAAACGCAUUUCAUGGACCUGGAAUCGAGUUCGCCGAUCCUCCUUAAGGUUUCCUUACCGAUCGUACCUUUGGACGUAUGCAAGACGCGUUACAAGAACUUGAUGACUACUGAGAUGAAUGAUACAAAAAUCUGUGCCGAAGAUCGUUUGUCGUGUCAGAGGGACGCCUACAUCGAUCACGCGAUCAUCACCUGCUCCGAUUGA